AUGCCAUCAACACAUAUUGAACGUUAUAUACGUUCUAUAUUUGUGCAAAAUAUACCAGCUGGUAUAACAGAAGAUCUUUUUCGGCAAAUGUUGAGUCAAUUUGGAGCUUUAAUUCAUUUUCAUAUGUUUCUUGAUCCAAAUGCAGCAAAUAAUACAAAUGAACAAAAUAUACAAACACCAAGAAGUUAUGCUUUUGCUGAAUUUGCAUCGAAUGAAAUUGCACAAAAGGUUAUUAAUAAAUUAAAUGGACUUGAUUUGGGUGGUUUUCGACUUGUUGUUGAUUUACUUUCUAAUCAAGCUGAACCAAUUAUAAAUUUAUUUGAACAAUUUUGUUCUACAAAAACAACAGUUACAUCGUCAAAUAAAAAUGAUCCUCGUCUUGCUAAUACAAUAAUAUCACAAAGUUCUCAACCACCAUCAGCACAGUUAUCCUCAACAACAACGACUGAAUCAGCAAAUAUGAGUGCUACUAUGAAUGCAACAAACAAUACUACUACUACUAAUAAUAAUAAUAAUAAUAAAGAAGAACGUGAAUCAAUUUCAAAUGCUGUUGCGUCAUUACCACCAGCUCAAAUGUUUGAAUUAAUGAAACAAAUGAAACAAUGUAUUGAAGCAAAUCCAAAUGAAGCUAAAACACUUUUAUCAACAAAUCCUCAAUUAGCAUAUGCUCUUUUACAAGCACAAGUUGUUAUGAGAAUAGUCGAUCCUCAAGUAGCAAUGGUAUUACUUAAUCGUACUGAUAAAGAUGUUAUACCAGCUCCUACUGAUGUUAAAAAACCACCAACAACAACAGCACAACCAACAGCAGCAGCUACUGCUCCACUUCCACUUCCAGUUACAGCUAAUCCAACUGCUCCAUUUCCUUUUCCAGUCAUACCUGGUGCUCCAUUUUCAAUGCCUAUGAUGGCUCCUAAUGCUGCUACUGCUCAACAAGCUGCAGCUACUGCUCUUUUUCAAGCAGCUCUUCUUUCAGGUGCUGGAAUGUUUCCUGGUUCAUUAAUACCACCACCUAUGCAACAUGCUGCACCAUUUCCACCUGUUCAACCAUCAUUUCCACCUCAAAUAAAUCCUUUAGCACCACCAAUACGUACACCAAAUCUUGAUGAGAAUGCUGCGUUACUUUUAUUACAAUUAGAUGAUGCUCAAUUAGCACAAUUACCACCAGCACAGAGUAUGCAAAUUCGAUCAUUACGUGAACAAAUUGCUAAAACUGGUUUAUUACCUAAAAUGUAG